UGCAAAGAGUCCCUGUCUUAGGAUUAGAGACAUUUGCAAAGUCCUUCCUGGUCUGCGAAGUUCUUCAGUGCCUGUAGAAGCUGUGACUGUUUGUUUGUAGAGGGAUUUUUUUUUUCAGUGUUGAUAAGCUUUGCUCGUUUGCCCGGCCUGAGUUUCCCUGAGUAGAGUUUUUCUCUUUGCACAGGCUGUCCUCAUACACACAGAUGGUCCCUGUCUACAGAAUUCACUUCCAUCAGGAAAAACUGUGCCUGUUGCAUCCCUUUCAUUUGAGGAAGCUGUCCCUGUUUGCAGAGCCUGUGCUUAUAUGCAGAGCCUUUUUCUAUAAUAGCCUAUCCCUCUCUGCAGGUACUGUCUCUGCAUAGCCUGUUCCUAAAGGUCUGGAAAACCUAUGCCUAUUUGCAGCUCUGCUCCUGUGUGCAGAGCCUGUCCAUGUCUAUAGGAUUUGGUCUCAUUUCAAGAACCCUUCCUUGGUUGCAGAGUCUGUCCCUGCCUGCAGAAUCUGUUCUUACUAGCAGAGUCUUUGCCUGUCCGCAUAACCUAUCACUGUCUACAGUGGCUAUCCUGACUGGAGAUCCCGUGACUGUCUUCGUAGCCUGUUUCUAGCUCCCUGUCUGUUUGCAUAGGUUGUCCCUAUGUUUAAAGCCUAUCCCUGUCCACAAAGCGCAGCCCUGUUUCAAGAGUACGAUCAAGUCCCUGUUUACGAAGCCUCUAUGCCCACGUCUGCAGGACCUGUGCUGGUUUGCUGGCAUUUGUGUGUUUAUAGGGCCCUCCUACUAAAAGGCACAGGCUAUGAUGAAGAUGCUUUGGAGAGCUGUAGGCAUGGGGAGUUCUCGCUUGGAGCCCAGAGUACAGGCAGCCAGGGUCUGAGAACUCUGGCUCUUGUUUCCUCCCUCACUCCCACCCAGCCUAGGAUGGACAUCAGCAAGGGCCUCCCAGCCACCGAGAGCCACAGUGACCUCCACAUAUGGAUCAUUGAGAACCUGAAGAUGGUGCCAGUACCCAAGAGGGCUUAUGGGAACUUCUUCGAGGAACACUGCUACAUCAUCCUUCACUUCCCCCCGAGCCUGAAGGCCACGCAGGGGGCUUCCAGCGACCUGCACUACUGGAUUGGAAAGACGGCGGAUGCUGAGGCGCAGGAUGCGGCCGGCACCUUUAUACAGCAGCUACAGGAGGUGCUGGGUGACACCACAGUGCAUCACUGAGAGGUGCAGGGGCACGAGUCUGACUGUUUCCACAGUUACUUCCAUGGGAGAGUCAUCUAUAGGAAAAGAGGCCUAGCCUCUGCCCUCAAGCAUGUAGAGCUCUCCUGGAACAGCUUUAAUAAGGACGACAUCUUCCUGCUGGACCUGGGCAAGGUGAUGAUCCAGUGGAAUGGGCCCACGAGCAGCAUUUCCAAGAAGGCACGGGACUGUUACAUCCUAGACCAGGGGGGUUUCAGGAUCUACAUGUGGCAGGGACGCAUGUCCAGCACUCAAGAGAAAAAGGCUGCCUUCAGCAGGGCUCUGGGCUUCAUCCAGGCCAAGGGCUACCCAACCUACACCAACGUGGAGGUGGUGAACGAUGGUGCCGAGUCGGCCGCGUUUAAGCAGCUCUUCCGGACUUGGUCUGACCAGCACUGCGGAAACAAGCACCUGGGCGGCAAACUGAAUCAGGUAAAGCUGAAUGCGGGCAAGCUGCGCAGUCAGACUGAGCUAGCGGCCCAGCGCAGGCUGGUGGACGACGGCUCCGGAAAGGUGGAGGUGUGGUGCAUCCAGGACUUAGGCAGGCAGCCUGUGGACCCCAAGUACCAUGGAUGGUUGUGUGCAGGCAACUGCUACCUUGUCCUCUACACAUACCAGAAGAUGGGCCGUGUCCAGUACAUCCUGUAUCUAUGGCAGGGUCACCAGGCCACCGCACACAAGAUAAAGGCCCUGCACUACAAUGCUGAGGAGCUGGACCUCACGUACCAUGGAGCCCCAGUGCAAGAGCACGUGACCAUGGGCAGCGAGCCUCCCCACUUCCUCGCCAUCUUCCAGGGCCAGCUGGUGGUCUUCCAGGGGAACCCUGGGUACAAUGGGAAGGGGCAGCCAGCAUCGGCCACGAGGCUCUUCCAUGUGCAAGGCACGGACAAUUUCAACACCCGGACCAUGGAGGUGCCAGCCCGGGCCUCAGCCCUCAACUCCAGCGACAUCUUCUUGCUGGUCACAGCCAGGCUCUGCUACCUCUGGUUUGGGAAGGGCUGCAGUGGUGACCAGCGCGAGAUGGCACGGAUGGUGGUCACUGUCAUCUCUAAGAAGAACAAGGAAACAGUGCUGGAGGGUCAGGAGCCUCCCCACUUCUGGGAGGCCCUGGGAGGCCGGGCUCCCUAUUCCAGUAAAAAGAGCCUCCCAGAGGAAGUGUCCGGUUUCCAGCCACGACUGUUUGAGUGCUCCAGCCCAGCGGGCCAGCUGGUCCUCAUGGAAGUGGUGUUCUUUAGCCAAGAGGACCUGGACCAGUAUGACAUCAUAUUACCGGACACCUGGCAGGAGAUCUUCCUGUGGCUUGGGGAAGCUGCAAGUGAGCAGAAGAAAGAUGCUGUGGCCUGGGGCCAAGAGUACCUGCAGACCCAUCCGGCAGGGAGGAGCCAGGCCACACCUAUCGUGCUGGUAAAGCAGGGCCACGAGCCUCCCACCUUCACCAGAUGGUUCUUCACCUGGGACCCCUACAAGUGGGCCGUGAGUGAGAACAAGCAGUCUUAUGACAAGGUGAUGAAGGGCAGCCUGGGAGCAGUAUCUGCCAUCUCUAAGAUAACAGCAGAAGUCCACAACUUCCGGCUGUCCAGAUGGUCAAGCAAUGGCAGGACAGGCCCCUUGGCCCUACAGGGAUCCCAGGACAGCUCAGAAAAUGGGCUGGAGCUGGGCCCCAAGGUGAGCGGCAGCAGCACCAGCACCAGCACCAGCACCAGCAGUUACUAUAGCUGCGCCAGGCCCAUGAUCAACGGGGGCCUGCCCCGCGAACAGCUGAUGCACCAGGCCGCCGAGGACCUGCCAGAGGGAGUGGAUCCAGCCCACAAGGAGUUCUACCUCUCAGACGCUGACUUCCAAGAUAUCUUUGGGAAAUCCAAAGAGGAUUUCUACAGCAUGGCCAAGUGGAAGCAGCAGCAGGAGAAAAAGCAACUCGGCUUCUUCUGAACCCAGGCCCUCUCCUGCCGGUGCCACCCGUACGGCCAAGCCCCUGUGGGUAACGCCCCCACACCUCCCUGAGCCCCUGAGGAGACUCUUUGGGUCACAAUGCGCCCCCCGCUUCCUGGUCAAUAAAAGCUCGUGGCCCUCACAAGGUGUGGUAUGUGGGCUUUUAAGACUGGAUUGCUCAGUAGGUCUACCUCUGGGGCUUCAAGGGGUGAUCUCUCCAUGCCCUCCUCCAUGGAGGGGUUUGUUUCUUGCUGUUCCCUCCUGCCCGGGGG